AUGGCCGCUCCACGCAUCACCCUCUAUCUGGAUAUCGUCAGCCCCUUUGGCUACAUUGCUUUCCAUGUCCUGAGAAACUCCCCGGUCUUUGCCAAUUGCAAUGUCAACUACGUCCCUAUCUUCCUGGGGGGUCUCAUGAACACCUGUGGAAACACACCACCCAUUAAGAUCAAAAACAAGGAAGUUUGGAUUGAUAAAGAGCGACUCCGCUGGGCCCGAUACUUCUCUGUCCCCAUGAUCGACAAAUUCACCGAGGGGUUCCCCCCUCUCACCCUGGGAACGCAACGCGCCCUUUGUGCCAUUUCGCAGAAGCUGCCGAACAAGCUGGUUCCCACAAUCGAGGCGCUCUACCAUUCGUUCUGGGUACAGGGGAACGCGAAAAUCGGCCAGCCAGAAGGCUUCGGACCGGUCCUCGAGAGUGUCCUCGGACCGAGUGACGCGCAGGAAAUCCUCAAAGCCAUAAACCAAGCCGAUACCAAGGCGAUCCUGAGUGCCAACACCGAUCGGGCAUUCAAGGCCGGCGCAUUUGGCAUCCCCUGGUUCGAGUGCACCAACUCGAAGGGUGAGACCGAGGGGUUCUGGGGGAUUGACCACCUGGGUCAGGUUGUUGACUUUCUGGGACUGGACCGUCGUUUGGACAGUGGGUUCCGCGCGGUGCUCUGA